AGUAUGUUAAAUUUUUUCAAUCCAUGCCUAUUUUUCAACCUGUUUAAAACUUGCACAUAUGAGAAUACCAUGCAACCUAGUUUAUCCAGUUUUGGGUGGAAGAAGCGCAGUAUUCCAUCGCUUUAAUGCAAAUGGAUGAAACUCUGAGUAUUAAGACGGAAGAGUCACCUCAAAAAAAUGAGGAAGCUGUUGUUUUACAAAAUAUCCCCAUGGAAAGCGAGGAGAUUCCCAUCGUUUUUGGAGAAUUAAUUGAGAAUAACUCUGAUGGGAAUCUUCAAAUUAACAGUGUUCAAGAGGAAGAUGUUAUCCACACUUACAUCAUUCAGGAGGGAGAAUAUAGUAAUAUUCAAUAUGAGGAAACCACUGUAACAGAAACAGAAGAUAAAGAAAUAAUAGAGAAAGAACAAGAAGAAAAUGAAAAAGAGGAUGAACACUCAGAAAUCGACCAAGAACUUGAUGAAUCAAAUUCUAUGGAUUAUUCAGAAAGCUUUGUUGAACAGACUGAAGAAGCAGAAGAUGACCCUGAGGACCAUCCUGAUUAUGUUGAUUCCCAAGAAUUUGGCGACUUUGAAUGUGAUUUGUGUCAACGCAAAUUUAAAACUACUGCUGGCCUCAAAAGACACAUUACCGUAAAUCACGCUGAAGAAGAAGAUUUGAAAGAUCCUCUUACUUUUCAAUUAUGUCCUUGUUGUGGGGAACCAAUGGAUUCGGCCCAUACUAUUGGGGACUUUAAAUGCGAAAAAUGUGACAAACUUUUUGUCCAACAAAACAGCCUAGAUCGCCAUUACAGUAUUGAGCAUUGUGAAGGAGACAUUUACAAAUGUGUAGAAUGCAAAAAAGAAUUUAAGCAAAAAGAACAAUUGAUUGAUCACAUGAAAAUUCAUCCAUUGUCCAAGUGUAUAAAAUGCCCUGAUUGUAACCGGGAAUUUACGCGCAAAUAUCAUUUAGAUCGACAUAUUGAUCAGACUGGUUGUAACGGGGCUCCUAAAAAGACAUUUGUUUGUAAGGUUUGCAACAAAGUAUUUCAUCGCAAAGAUAAUUUAGCUGAUCAUUUGAGAGCUCACGCUGGUCAGGGGAAGAGAAAGAAGCUUUUUAUUUGUGAAUAUUGUCAAAAAGAAUUUCACGGCUCUGCUCUACUUAAUAUUCAUGUGAGAACUCACACAGGUGAAAAACCUUAUCCUUGCGAUUUGUGUCCUAAGAGAUUUCCAUCAAGUGGCGCUAUGAAGAAACAUAGAAGAAUGCAUACUGGAGAAAGGCCAUAUUCAUGUAAAGAGUGCCAUAACAGAUUUGCCGCUAAAGAGACCCUCAAUCGGCACAUGCGCACUCACACCGGCGAAAAACCGCAUUCUUGCCAAUUCUGCGGGAAAUCUUUCAUCCAGGCAUCGCAACUGCGUGCUCACAUUUUCCAUCACACUGGUGAAAACGCGUACACCUGCCCUCACUGCAACCGAGCUUUCAACCGAAAAUUGAGAUUGACAACUCAUAUUAAAUAUAUGCAUGAAGGAGCCGAGCCUUUGACGUGCUCCGAAUGUGAUAAAACCUUUUUCAGAAAAGAAGAUUUAGCCCGGCACUUCUUAUCACAUACUGGAGAACGACCCUUCGAAUGUGACGUUUGCCACAAAUCUUUUGCCGUGAAAUCUUCGUUGAAAAUCCAUCAAUUGACUCACCGUAAAGAGCCACCGUGUAGUUGCGACACAUGCGGCCGGGCGUUUAUUCGUCAAGAUUGCUUGAUGCGGCAUAUGCGAGCCCGACAUAGAGACGUUCUUGAGGAUAUUAUGGCGAGUGCUGAGAAGAAGAGGCUGCAGCAGCAAUUGUUGAAUGCUGCGACUGAAGCUGUGGCCAAGAAUCAAGGAAGUUUGACGGAAAAUAUGGUGUGGAAUGAGUUGACUUUGACAGAGUCAAUUAAGGAGUUAUUGACUAUUCUUGUGGAUGAGGCUUGUUUGCAAGAUUUUGGAUUUCCGGAUGCUCCAGUUGAUAAAAUUUUGGAUGCAGUGAUUAAGAGAUGUGGGCAUAAACCGGCCUCUGAGGAAGAUUUUGAUUAUAUUGGAAGAAUGAGAGAGAAUGCUAAAUUGUUGUUUACCGUAGUUAUUGAUGAUGAAGCAGUCAAGUCUUUAUUGAAUAAUCAGACAGUGGAUGAAGUAAUCCUUCAUGUCUUGAGGUUAGCAAAGGCUGAGAGUACUUAGAAUGUUUUAGAUAAUUUAGGGUGUAUUUUUGUAGUUAGAUUUUAAUAGUUUCUUCAAUUGAUUAUGAAUGUAUGUACAUAGUAUCCAACGCUUUUUUUUCUUUCUGUUUAGUCACAAUGAUGUAUUAUGUCUUUAUAUUCACAAUUAUAAAUUUAUAGUUUAUUGACAUUUUUUAUUUGGGUCGUAACAUGUAUGGGAGAUAUUGUUAAUACAUAUUUUAAUAAAGA